CAGCCUGACCAACUAGACAACAUUAACAGUAAUGUUGAUCAAUAUCUUCGGUGCACAAAACAGACUCUAAAUGCUAGUCAUUGCCGAUUAUACUUGCGUUAUUUAUCGGUAAUGCAUACAAACUGGAGCAUAUGUGUUCCUGAGAUACUUUGUGAACUUAACCUUGUUGUUGUAGGCUUUGCAACCAAAUUGGGUUAUGCUAUGCUAUGGCUACUACUGUAGUCAAUAAUGUUUCAGUGUUAAGUAAUAUGGCCAUGGUGUUCUCAGUGUUUUUACAGACAAUACAUAUGUCCUAUACCCAUCGCUCCGCGGAUUGACAUAUGCUCCUUAAUAUUUUGAUCUUUUGUGUGUUUUAUUGUAAUUAUUAUAAAUCCUGUUUUGGGUUUGUUAUGAUUCAGUAAUUUUAGAUGAAACUAUCAACACCCGUGAAUGAAUGUCAAUCUCUCACAUGUCCCUCUGUUCGUGUCGAUGCAUUUUAGCGUCACCUAGCUAAUGAGUGUGAACUAUGGCCGACACUUUGGAAUUUAAUGAGAUUUAUCAGGAGGUCAAGGGGUCAUGGAAUGAUGGACGCCUGCGUUUCAGUAAACAGACAGUUGUUUACAAGAAUAAUAAAACAGGGAAGGUGGACAGCAUUGCUGUGCCAGAGCUGACUCAGGCACAGUGGAGACGAGUGUGUCUCGGCAACGGCAUCAAGCUGGUCACCAGCACCGGCCAUGUCUAUCAGUAUGACGGCUUCAGAGACUCGGAUUUCGAGAAGAUACAAGAGUACUUCAAGGCCAACUACAAAAUUGAGUUGACAGACAAAGACAUGUGUGUGAAAGGCUGGAACUGGGGAACAGCAAAAUUCGGUGGCCCUCUCUUGUCGUUCGAGGUGAGUGACACCCCAGCGUUUGAAAUCCCCCUCGCCAGUGUCUCCCAAUGCACUACGGGUAAGAAUGAGGUCACCUUGGAGUUCCAUCAGAACGACGAUGCCGAGGUCUCUCUCAUGGAAGUCCGCUUCUAUGUGCCACCCAGUACAGGCGACGAUGGCAUGGACCCUGUGGAGGCGUUUGCUCAGAAUGUUCUGUCGAAGGCUGAUGUGAUCCAGGCAACUGGAGAUGCUGUCUGUAUCUUCAGGGAACUGCAGUGCCUCACUCCCAGAGGAAGAUAUGACAUCCGUAUAUACCCCACCUUUCUGCAUUUACACGGCAAGACAUUUGAUUACAAGAUCCCCUACACCACUGUGCUGCGUCUCUUCCUGCUUCCACACAAAGAUCAGAGGCAGAUGUUCUUUGUGAUCAGCUUGGACCCUCCAAUUAAGCAAGGUCAGACACGCUACCACUUCCUCAUCCUACUAUUCUCUAAGGAGGAAGACAUCCAUCUCACUCUCAACAUGACCGAGGAGGAGGUGGAGAGGCGCUUCGAGGGGAAGCUCAGUAAGAGCAUGUCAGGCUCCUUGUAUGAGCUGGUGAGCAGAGUUAUGAAGGCCCUGGUCAACCGGAAAAUCACAGUGCCAGGAAACUUCAAGGGUCACUCUGGGGCUCAGUGCAUCACCUGCUCCUACAAGGCCAGCUCUGGCCUGCUCUACCCGCUGGAGCGCGGCUUCAUCUACGUGCACAAGCCGCCCGUGCACCUGCGCUUUGAGGAGAUCUCCAGCGUCAACUUCGCCCGCGGCACCACCACCACGCGCUCCUUUGACUUUGAGAUCGAGACCAAGCAGGGCUCCCAGUACACGUUCAGCAGUAUUGAAAGAGAGGAGUACGGCAAGUUGUUUGACUUUGUCACAGCAAAGAAGCUAAGCAUCAAGAACCGGGGCUUCAAAGAGGGCUUGAAGGGCAAAGACGACAUGUACAGUGAUUCAGAUGAGGACCAGCACGACGCCUACCUGGAGCGCAUGAAAGAGGAGGGCAAGAUUCGCGAGGAAGCCAACGACAGCGACAACUCCGAGGGCGAAAGCGACGAGUCUUUUAACCCAGGAGAGGAGGAGGAUGACAUUGCAGAAGAGUAUGACAGUAAGGCGUCCGUCAGUGACAGUGACAAGGACAGUGAGGAGGAAGCGGAGCGCAAGAAGAAGCCUGCCAAGAGAGCCAAAGUGGUGAAGGAGAGGAAGCCCCGCAAGAAAGAGAAAAGGUCAAAAGACAAGGGUGCCCCAAAGAGGCCCAUGAGUGCCUACAUGCUGUGGCUGAAUGCCAGCCGAGAGCGCAUCAAGGCAGAGAACCCCGGUAUCUCCAUCACGGAGAUCUCCAAGAAGGCUGGAGAGAUGUGGAAGCAGAUUGGCAAAGAUCAGAAAGAGGAGUGGGAUGGCAAGGCUGAGGAGGCGAAGAAGGACUAUGAGAGAGCCAUGAGGGAGUACAGAGAGAGUGGUGGCGGAGGAUCCCCCAGCACAUACAGAAAAGAGAGGAAGAGGAAGGGUGGAAAGAGUGAUGACAAGACAAAGAGAAGGUCAGGAGGUCGGGAGAAAGAGAGAGAGCGUGCCGCAGGGAACGACAGCUUCAAGAGCCGCGAGUUCAUCUCCAGUGAGGACAGCUCGUCAGAAUCGGACCACGGCAAGAAGAGCCGCAAGCGGAAGGGAGGCUCUGAUGAGGAGGAGGAGGAGGUGGCCACCACCCCACCAAGCUCAGAGGAAUCCGGCUCAGACUGAAAGAUUUUCCUAACAGAGAAUCUUGACGGUGGGAAAGGAAGCCGAAUGUGUGUGUGUGUGUGUGUGUGUGUGUGUGUGUGUGUGUGUGUGUGUGUGUGUGUGUGUGUGGGUAUGUGUGUGUGUGUGUGUGUGUGUGUCUGUGUGUGUGCGUUACAACUGAGAGUUUCGCAUGGUAUCUCAGUUAUGGUCCUGUCUCUAGAAGAAGAGUUAGGUUGUGAGUUGGAUAUUACUUCACAGCAAAAGAACUUUCAAGAAUAUUUUUACCAUCUUAUGACAAGUAGCUUAUGUAUUGUAUUUAUUCUCUCUUUCUUUCUCUUCUUGAUUAUAUAUCUAUUUGUCUUUUUGUCUCUCUAAUUUGUCUCUCUAAAAUGUCUUUUAUGGACUAGUUCAGAGACUCAUAAAAGGUUUGCAAGUAAAUAUGCAACAGAAUGAACUGGUAUUAUUUUAGUUAAAUGGUUUUGUCGUUUCCCAAUCAUUAAGGGUCCAAUCACCACAGCUGCUGAUUGGAUAUUUGGACAUUUCAGUUUGGAAUUUGGAAUUUUCAGGUUGGAAAUUUCACUCACUUAGAUACAAGAAUAUUUGGUACUGUACCCAUUAGGUAGUGCUAUGAUCGUCAAAUUAACACUUUUAUAGAGAUCUCAAAAACACAGUAUUUUCAACACUGUAAUCAUUGAAGUCAUUCUCAUUUUUGCUACACUGGUGUCCAGCUCUAGAAAUGUAUAGUUUUCGGGCUGAGGGUCGUACGUUUGAUUCCUUGCAUAGGCACUCACAUUGUUACCUAAAAAGACUGGUGCGAUAUGCCUCAAGGUCGGCAACUGCUUGGACCCCGUUUGUUGCUGCUUGCAGCAAUAUUUCUGUUUGUUGACAUGUAUAUUUUACUCUGAGCGAUGCCCUCAACUGUCGUGGUGCCAAAACACUGGAAUUUGGAUUUAUUCUACUAUUCUACCUUGUGAUCCGGGGACUUUAUAAAAAGGCUGUUACCACACACUGUGAUCGUUAAAAAUAAAUAAAAACAAAUUUACAGUCAUGUCUGUUCCUGCACAAUCAGCUGUUGAGUUUCAUUCAUCAAUAAAUGUGGUUUGGUCAUAUCUAUUUAUUGUAAAACACUGUAUUAAACGAAGCACAUAAAAUCCUGAAAAUUC